AUGGCUUCUACAAUGCUUGCAACUUUCCCUGGCUCUGCUGCCAGCUAUACUACCUCCCACCUGAACAAGGACUCGGCUCCGUUAUUGGUCGAAGAGGACAACUAUACGUUUGAGCAGCUUGUACAUGAUCUAAGAGGCUACCUGGGUAGCUCUCGCGGCAUUGAUGGAGAAAAUGUUGACCACAAGGUUCUGAUUGCCUUCAUGUCUAAAUACACUUCCAACCCUAAAGACUGGUCGCGGUUCGCACGCAACGACGUGAGCAAGAACUAUACUCGCAACUUGGUGGAGGAUAUCAAUGGCCGUGCCAACCUGUUGGUUCUGGUCUGGAACCCUCAAAAAGGCUCGCCCAUCCAUGAUCACGCCGAUGCGCACUGCAUCAUGAAGAUUCUUGGGGGAGAACUGAAUGAAGUGAUAUACGACACGCCAGAUCCCGAACGAGGCCAUGAUGCCCCUUUGACGGUCAAGCAAGAGACAACGUACAGGACCGACGAAGUUGCGUAUAUCUGUGACCAGAUCGGACUGCAUAGGGUCAUGAACCCACAGAAAGAUCAAGUUGCUGUUUCUUUGCACUUGUAUACGCCGCCUAAUGCUGCGGACUUCGGGUACAACAUCUAUGAUCGCGACACUGGACGGAGCAGCCAUGUUUAUCAGGCAUCUUAA